AUGUGUUUUAAUUAUAAUGGUUAUUCGCCUCAAUGGAUUGGAACUUAUUCAUUUGAUGGAUUUUCGUCGGGUAUGAAUGGAAUGGGUAAUGUAGGAAAUCAGGGAAUAAAUAUGGGAAUAUGUAAUCCAACAGCACCACCUAUGUAUCAGACGCCUCCAAGUCAAUAUUGUAAUCAAGCAAUACCUCAAUCAACUCUUGGAACUUCUCAAUAUGUUGAAAAUUCUACAGUAGCAGUGAAAUAUUUAUUUGGAACACCAUCAAUUAAAACAAAUCCAAAUUUUAAUCCAAUGGCGGAUGCAAAUACUUUAAGAAACGCGAUGAAAGGAUUUGGUUGUGAUAAAAACAGAAUAUUAAAAGUUUUAUGUACAUGUGCUAAUUGGCAAAGACAACAAAUAUAUAAUUCAUUUUUACAAAUGUUUGGGAAAGAUUUAAUACGCGAAUUAAAAUCAGAAUUAAGUGGAGAUUUUGAAGAUUUGAUUGUUGCUUUAAUGACAAGACCAGCUGAGUACGACGCUAAAGAGCUCCAUCGUUCAAUGAAAGGAUUAGGAACAAGAGAAAAUAUUUUAAUUGAAAUUAUGUGUUCUAGAUCAAAUUCUGAAAUUCAUCAAAUAAAAAGUGUUUACCAACAAUUAUAUGGAAGAAAUUUAGAAAAUGACAUAUGUGGAGAUACUUCUGGAUAUUUCAAAAAUUUUCUUUUAUGUUUAUGUGCAGGAAAUAGAAAUGAAAGUGGAUUAGUUGAUCAGAUGAGCGCACAACAAACUGCAAAUACUCUUUAUCAAGCUGGUGAAGGUAGACUUGGAACAGAUGAGUCCACAUUUUUGAAUAUUCUUUGUUCACAAAAUUUUGCUCAGCUUAAAUUUAUUUUUUCUGAAUAUCAUAGAUUGACCGGACAUACGAUGGGAUAUGCCAUUGAAGCAGAAUUUUCAGGAGACAUAAAAAAUGGUCUUUUGGGAUUAUAUGAAAUUACUAUGAAUAGACCUGCAUUUUUUGCAACACAAUUUGAAAAUAGUAUGAAAGGUUUGGGUACCAAGGACAAAGAUUUAAUUAGAUUAACUGUUACAAGAAGUGAAAUAGAUAUGAUUGAUAUAAGAAAUGAAUAUUUUAGAAUGUAUGGAAGAACAUUGCAAGAAAGAAUUAUUGGUGAUACAAGUGGAAAAUACAGACAAUCACUUUUAACUUUAGUUGAAGGAAAUUAA